UUGAAACGCAUCGUCCCCACAUAAAAUUCAACAUCACUCAUAGAUUUCAACGUGAUCGAUAAUGUCGCAUCUUGCUCCGCAUCCUGUGACUCCCGAAAUGCGUCAAGCUCUCGUCCGGAGAUUCGACGAGAUUCUCGGCACAGUUGGUAAUGUGAGCCAUUCUGUCACCGGACAAGCCUUGGAAGUAGAAAUAUUUGGAAGGUCGCAUGCGAAGGACGACUAUGUUUCCACAGCGAACAGAGUGCUAAUGAAGCUGACACAAAGAAGUCAAACUGCUACUUCUGCCAACAGCGGAAUGAGAGUACAAAGUCAAAGAGGUACAGCCAGCCAGCCAACAAUACCAGCAGUGCAGGUGCCUGCAGUUGCUAACCCAUAUGGUCCAACUUCAAACGCUAUUUCAACAUCAGGAAGUGUACCCAACCAACUGAUUCCACAAGCGAGGCAUGUUGAUGUUCCUCUAACGUCUAUAUCAGCCAUACAGCAGUCGGGGUCAGUGCAAGCCUACUCGAUGGGAGCCUCAGAAACAGUUAGAUCAUACCAACAAAGUGUUCAUCCCACACACGUGACGAUAGCAUCACAAUCAAAUUCGACAUUGCCUACAUCUGUGACCAGUUUAGGUCAACCCGAACCGCAGAUGCAUAGUUAUAGAGCAGUGACAUCUGGUUUGCAACCUCCAAUGGCUGGUGGAGCAGUCUCUGUUGCUGCAGCUUCCGUGUCCACCAUCGGUAUGGUGCCACAGUCCAUUGUGCAAUCUGUUCCAGCAUCUACGACAGUGCAAUCCAUGAUAACUAGAGUAGCUCCAGUAGCUAGCGUUCCUGUUCACUCAACUAUGGCAUCGUCUCUUCCUCCGAGUUUUGAUGGUACCAUGGCUAUUGCCCAACCACCUCCACACAUGUCGCAAUCUCAACUACCAUCUACUUCAACUGUGCCGACCACCGGAUCUCUGUCUGUGUCAUCCACAUCGGGUAGUACGACCGAGGAGCAGCUGUAUAUGGAGAAACUUAGUCAACUGUCGAAAUAUAUUAAUCCAGUCAAGAGGAUGUUGGUUCGAAUGAGCCGAGAUAAACGCUCUCCACGAGAGAUACAGAAGUUGAAAAGUCUGUUAGAGAUUCUUGAAAAUCCGCAAAAGAAAGUGCAGAUGAGCGUUCUAGAAACAUGUGAAACUGUGCUUAGCAGAUUGAUUAGUGAGGCAUCAGUACAGUCUCCAACAGUUCACCCUACAACUACUGUUGCAACUACACAGCCAGAAGUUACUGCACCUCCCGCACCACCAGUUAGUCGAGGUGGAGUACAGCUUCUUGUCCCUCUUAUCAAGACAGUUGCAAGACUAUCCGAAUCUCCAACCCUUGCUCACAACAUGCAGAUGGCAUUCAACCCUGCACUGAGGACCAUUGAUGGGCCAGUGAAAAGACAACAUGUUCCAGAUGAACCCUUUCCUGAAGAAAGGCUUCCAAAGAAGAAGCGUACUGAUUCCAGUAGUGGACUGCCCCAGGUGGUUGAAAAGGAGCUUCGACACAUCAAACAAGUUGGCAGGUUUCGUGUAGAAGUUACAUCGUCGAAUGAGUCUCCACUGGCAAUGAUGACAGGGACAACACUAAGUUUUUCAUAUGUUGCUUCCCCUUAUGUUCCUCGAGUUGAGGUGCAGAUUCCUCAUGAUUAUCCCACUCACUGUCCACAGUUGUUACCAAUGAAGUCUUCCAUAGCACAAAACUGGGCAGCUGCAUAUUCCGUAUUGCAAGCACAGUUACGAAACUUGCCCGGACGAUUCACAUUGACACAACUUCUUGGAGCAUGGGACCUGUCAGUUCGAAGUGUCGGACCUCAGUGAUUGAAGAGUGAUCAGAAACUCGUGAUCAGAAACUCUUAUAUUACCGCUGCUAGUAGUAGGUAAUUAAAUUUAAGAAAGCAUACUGCCUUGGAUGGGCGUGUUCGUGUUG